GUCGAUAAAUUGCUUAAAUAAAUAUUUGACUGUUUAACUGCACUGUUUGUGUUUUGCUUAAGGAUAUUUUCAGUGCUGCCAGAUGGCAGAAUUUGGCGGUUGACUUUUGAAUUUCGACAAGCCGCCAAACUCUACAAAAGGGAUGAAACAAAACAUAUAUAAACAUUGCACAUUGUUGUCCUGGCAACCAGGGCGUAAAAACAAAAAAGAAAAACAAAAAUAAUUUGACGCACCACUCGUUAGUUUAACCACUGUGCUGAUUGAGUAUGGAAACGGAGACGGAGAUCGGGAGCAGCAGCAAUUACUACAACUAUGGACAGCCAUUAAUGCGACAACAUGCCAAUUUAUUGCUGCAAAUGCUGCUGCAGGCCAAUGUCUACGUGACGAUCAUCUGGGCAAUUAGCUAUUUACUGCACCUGAUCCUUUGGUCGCAUAUGCUGUGCAACUAUACGGGUCUGGCCAUGCUGCUGGCCUAUGUGCUGGCAGUGGGCACCGAGUGGCUGCGCCUCUAUGCCAGCUACUCGAUCAAUCUGUGCACGGAUGCGACGACCAUGUGGCUCCUUCUCACGCUGACUCCCUGUGUGCUGCUGCCCGCACUGGUCUAUUUGCGUCUGACCGGUGUCUUUGCCAGCAGCUGGCUGGCAUUCCUGACGAAUGUGCAGUUCCUGCUCAUGGCACUGGAGGUGCUAUCGGCGCUCCUACACCAUGCACUGUGCCUGGCCAGAGCCAAAAGGCAGUCGCAAAACCAGCCUGCGUGUCGUCUAAAUGCAUAUUAAAGUUUAUGUCGACUUAAAUAUUAGAUCAUAGCAUAUAUCCAUAUACGUAUAUACAUAUAUCAGCAUAUGGCAACUAAAUAGGCUACACUAAAGCUAAAGGAUACGGGAAAGGAAAGGCUUGGCAGCACCAUUUUCUGAUCACACUUUGCGCGCAUCAUCCAAUUUGUGGGCCUUCAGCAGCGCAUCGAUGCGGUCCAGUUGCGCCCGCAUUGCUGGCAAAUAGCUGGUCAGCACCUCAAUAUUCUCCAGCUGGGCAGGACCCUGGCCCAGCAGCUGGCUGCGCGUGGGCACCCAGCUGUAGAUGAUCUGCAAAUGGAAUUGUGGCAUAUUUGAAUCAUAUUGGCGCUGUCAACUUUCAGUCUCUCGGGGUCUGCACUCUACCUUGAUGGUGCUCUGCACUAUGAAGCCAUGGUAGGGCUUCAGGGUGCGCUCGUAGGCAUCCUGCAGAUGCUGUUUGAGCGGCUCCGCUUUCUGUGCAUCAUUGUAGAUGUUCUCGAAGAAGGUGCAGAUCAGCUGGAGUCCACGCUUUAGCCAGAGCAG